UUUAGAUAGUUUAGUAUAAUCAUUGUCUUUUGAUAUAUAGUAAUGGCCAAUUUGUGUAAUGUACUUUUGCUCCUUUGAUUUUUAAGUCAACAUUUAUAUUAUUAACAUGAGCUUAUUUGAUUUAAUGAAGAGAAAAACUGGCAGUGAGCAGCAAAUAAAUCUCUAGUCAGCAGGUUUGGACAUCUAGGCUAAUUUCACUUUAUACUAGUGGUAAAGUCAACCGCUGUGACCACUAACCUUCAUAAAGUAUUAAGAAAUACAAUUCUUUACUUUCAGGAUGAUAGGCCUGAUAAUGAGUCUCAAAGUCCGCAAGUGGGUAACAAAACUGUCCGUUUUACGAACAUUCAGGAUACAUUGAAAAAUGUUAGAAAGGAACUAGCGAUGGAAACAGCCGGAAAUAUAGCCCAACAAUUCACCCCGACACUUGGGCAGUAUGUCAGCGGGUUUGGGAUUAAACCAAACGCAAUCGACAAAACGUUGCGCAUUUAUGCGGCGAAAUGUGUUGAACUAUGUUGGUUGAUGGCUGUAUGUGAUCCGCCAAUGGCUUUAUCCGAAGAUAAAAUUGGCAACCCAUACGACUUUAACAUCUAUAAACCUUACACCAGGUCCAUGAAGGAUUUGAAAAACCCAGUUUUAAAAUUAGCCAUAUGGCCAGCUCUUCGCCUUCAUCUUGGAGGGAGUUUAGUCGCUAAAGGAGUUGCCCAGCCAGGAGAAGGAAAAUCAAAGCAAUAAACUUGCACACACGUACAUAUAACUGUGAAAUCACAGUCAUUGUUAAAUAGUAUGUAUAAUACGUGAGGUAUUUCCUUUGGAUUGCUGUGUGUAUAUUUAUCAUUCGGUCAUUUCAUUUUUCGAUUGACCUGGAGUUCAAUUACUUGCAAGAAAAAAUAGCAGGAAUUUAAAUAGUCAGCAAAAGCAAUAUUAUAUUGUUUCUUGUUGGUUAGAUGUUUCUUGUUCAAACAAAUACAGAAAAAUGUACUUUAUAGAAAUAACGCGGGGCAAUACACACCCAAAUGAAAAUGUGUUUGAGUAAUUAAUCAAAACUUGUCUUUUAAUUAGGGGAAGAUAGUUAUUCACUUGACCGAAAUAUGUUUUAUCUUAAUUAUUUUUGUACUCAAUACUCAAUACAAUUGGGUGCAUUUUUUACUCUUCCCUUAUUUUGUUGUACAUCAGUCUUCAUAAGGCAUUUGAACCGCAGGGCAAGGCAAAUUUUGACCUCGGGGUCAUCGUUAAUAUAACUUUGUAGAAGACUUUAAAUUGAUGCUACAUAACAAACAUCUAAGGUGUUGCAAAUAUUGACCCUAGUGACAUGCUUUGGUAGUCUUGUUGAGGUCAACAAGACAUUACCAGAUGCCGAAUAUCUAUUCUCUUUGUACUUUUGUUUCAUACAAUAGACUGCACUAUUUUCCUAAAUAAGUCUUUAUAAAUCGAAUGGUCCCCAGGGAGGUGACAAUAUUGACAUAUAUUGUAUAAAAAGAUCCUAACAAGGUUUCAUGCCGAGAUAUUUCACGGUGUGUUCACAGAUCGAGAAAUAAUAAAGUAAUGCAUACAUCCUUUAAGCACAUGAUACCAAUCUGAAAAUUUAAAAUUGCAAGGCCUCUCAUUAUGAUUCAUAAGCAUAUGUUUAAUCAUAAUAUUUUUCCUCCUUGUAGUAUAUAUCAUGUUGUGUGAUGUUAUAU